AUGGAUGUCUCUCUGGGUAUCUUCCUCACGAUUGGCAGCAUGAUAGGCGAGCUCGGUGCUGGUCGUGCUUCAGAUGCCAUCAUGUAUCAUAUGGCGCAACGACAUAAUGGUGAGAGAAAGCCGGAGUAUCGUUUGUUUCCCUCGCCGCUAUCUGCAAUUUUCAUGCCUGCUGGACUCUUAGAAUUCGGGGGACUUUGGGGGAAAACGGGGUUUGUGAGACCUUUGGUUGGGCUUGGGAUAGGUUCUUUCGGUCUUCAAAUAUGCUCUACAACGCUCUACUCUUACAUCUCCGAUUUCUAUAAGCCGCAGACCCCGGAGACGGGAAUACUUUUUAAUCUUUCGAGAGGAUUGUCAUUUGUGGUGGGUUAUUUUGCUUUGCCUCUAGCUGAAAGUAUCGGCUAUUUCUGGGCGUGGUUUAUCUUCGCUAGUCUGUUGGGAUUGAGUUAUGUACCAGUGGGAAUGUUGAUAUGGUGGGGAGAGAGUUGGAGAGAGAUAAGGAGGGAGGUGGAGUGGGGUGGUGAUGUAUAGUUCAGAAGGUUUGUUUCAGUUGCUGGGCUGUGUUUCUAAUAUUGAAUCUCGAAAUAGUCAUUCGAGCAGACUCAAAUGUAGAAUUUGUUUGAUAGAAAUAGUUCCAAGCGAGGUUUAAAUGUCUGCUCCUUUCUAAAACAUUUUGGACACUUUAAUUUUCCCACAGGAUCUAUACAAUGGGCAGUAAAGU